UCUUGGAAAUCUGACGUGGAAUGCUGACUGCGCAUCUCCUUUGUUCUUAUGCCAUUUCCAGAGCUCUUUGCUCUGCCGAUUUGAUUCGAGGUUGCGUUUGCUUCUCUUUUGGCUCUGCUAUGGCGAUGGUGUUCUUAUUCGUGAUCUUGUGCUGGAUCGCGGGGAAUGGUGCCGCGGUGGCGGCCGCGCGCGCCAUGUUUGUGUUUGGCGACUCCCUUGUCGAUGCUGGAACCAAUGUGUUCAUCGCUGGAGUGCCCAACGCGGCGAAUUUCGAUCCCUACGGCGAGACAUUCUUCCACAAGCCCACUGGGCGGUUCAGCAACGGGAAAAUAGUUCCAGAUUUCUUGGCUGGAUUGCUGGGACUCGCACUGCUGCCACCGUUUCUCAAGCCAGGAUCGAAUUUCUCGCAAGGGGCGAACUUUGCAUCGUCCGGGAGUGGGAUCUCGAACAAUCCAGACAAUGAUCUCAUCCCUCUAAAUGCCCAAGUCCGGCAAUUCCAGGAGUUUGUGAAGAGACGCAAACCUAGGGAGCUCUCUAUCCCGGCUUCCAUCUUCUUGCUUGUCACUGGCAGCAAUGAUCUUCUGGGAGGAUACCUCCUAAAUGGAUCCGCCCAGCAGGCUUUCAACCCCCAGCAAUACGUCGAUCUCCUCCUCGGCGAGUACCAAAAAUCUCUGCUGGCUUUGCAUCAAUCCGGUGCCAGGAAGAUCGUCAUCACUGGAAUCGGGCCUCUGGGAUGCACGCCGUCGCUGCGAUUACUCCAGGAGAUCACCAACAAUGCCACCGGCUGCUUGGAGGAAUCAAACCAGCUCGCGCUGGCAUUCAACACGAAGCUGGCGCAGCUCUUCCAGGAGCUAACGAAGAAUCUCACGGACGCGAAGAUCAUCCUCGUCAAGCCCUACGAUUUCUUCCUCGACAUGAUCAACAAUGGCACGAAAUACGGUAGGAUUUCGAGGAAAUUGGAUCGAUCGAGAGAUUUUUCUUUCUUUAUCGCAGGAUUUGAGGAGACGCAGAAGAACUGCUGUGGCGGUGGAGCAUACAAUGCGAUGAUUCCUUGCGGACGCGAUGCGCCAUUCCUGUGCCACGUCCCAUCCAAGUACCUCUUCUGGGAUUUCCAUCCCACACACCAGGCGGCGCGAUUCAUCAGCGACCAGGUCUGGGGCGGAGCUCCCGCGUUCGUGGAGCCUCUCAAUCUAAGAGCUCUAGCUCAAAUUUAAAUCC